AUGGGAUUGAAGUGCCUUGCUGGCCUUCUAGGCAUUGGCCAGGCUCGUCUGCGCAGGGCCACAACCUGUACUCCAGACCUCCGUUUUGGAAAGAAGGAGCACAGGUUCAAGGCUGGAACAUGGUCAGCUGAUGCCUUCUUCCAAAUAGCCUAUGACUCACUAGCUGAAACUCUUCCUGAUCAGUUCAUCCGAAGAGGUCGUGCCAGUGUCAGAAAGAAGGAUCUCGAUGAUGACAAUGCUAGUGAUUUCGAAGAGAUUGCAUCUGAUGUUGAGCCAUCUUCCAAUUCAAAAAUGCUCAGGUAUGGUACCUUCUCCGAUGUCUACCGGCGUAGAUGGCAGGAUAUAUUGAGAUUCCGGUCCAAGAACCUUUUCACCAGUUGUGAAGUUUGCUACGCCCUCAAACAGGGGUUGGGAGAUAAAACCCUCUCUUUGGAAUCAAAGCUCCAAGUCCUCAAGGAGUACAGGUCACAUUUACAUUCACAGUAUUGCGACCGUACUGUUAUCUGGCGUCUUCAAGCUGAAAGUGCCGAACACAACUCUGAAGUUCUUCUAAUUUCGACUGAUGGUCUUGACCAGUCAAAGUUCGCGCUGCCCAGGGAGCCGGAAUUGCGCAACAACGCACUAAGGGCGAAGUACCAGCGUCCCAGGGUAAAAGUUCACGGCGCAUGGGCCUUUGGAUAUACCCUCAAUGUCUAUAUACUGGAUGAGGUGGCAAAGCAUGACUCCAGUGCCAUAUUGGAAAUAUUGUCGCAGACAAUUGAAGAUGUUACUGGGCUUCUUUAA